AACGACCUGGUGCAUCUGUUUGUGAAUCUGCUUCUAAAUGACGAGGCCAAUAAAACAUGCACGGGUCUGCGAAUUAUGUACUGCCAAAUUGCCUGCCACUUUGUCUACUACGCUUCCGAAUACGUUCAAGACAUUUCAACCAAAGUCCAGAGUUACCGUCUGCGUGCCAUCGCAAGUUUCGUGUGGCCCUGUGUCACCAGCAACUUAAAUGUGGUCGAUUUGCAAGAGAAGUACACAGGUCUACAGGUCCUUGCCUACCUCAUCGCUCGCUUCUAUCCAAUAAUGGGCAAGGCGACUCCGCAAGUCUUCCUCUGCCUUGCUAAGGGUCCUCAAACUGAGGUGAAGAAGAUGGUCAAUCCCUCUCUCGACCUCCUUCUACCUGCCUGGGUUACAGGACUCGAAGAACAGAUUCCGGUUGAUCAACGCCGUAUGAUUUUGGAUCUUAUCGAGGUGACUGUACGAUGGGACAUGAAAUGCAAAUCGGAGCGUGCAGCUCUUGAGCAACAGCAGGAACAACAAUCACCAAACCAAAAUGCUUCCUCUUCUGCAGGUCCUUCGUCUAUCGGUGGUCCUGUAUCUCCAUCUUUGGUGCAUUUUAAUGACUGA